AUGGAGGCUCAACAGUACCGUGCUAAUGAAAAAUAUGAAGAUGAAUUAGUGGUGGAGGGGAAUAAAGUUGGAUUGAAAACAGCAUUAGAGGAUGAUCCAAAUGCACCCAAACAGGAUAAGUCUGCUUCUAAUUAUCAGACUAAAGUUACUGAUCCAACAGGCGCUAAUAGCGAGGAGGUGGGAACUACUCCGCUUGUAGAGUCAUUCGAGAAAAUGAGCGUAAAAGAAGAAACAAAGCCAGAGAAAGGAGCGUCAAUGAAGAACUACUUGGCAGAGAAAUUCAAGCCGCGAGAUGAAGAUAAGGCACUUUCUGAGGUCAUUUCAGGCAAACUUGCGGGACGGAAGGAUAAAACCAAGGGUACUGAACAGGCAAAGCCAACAGAAAAAGUGAAGGAAAAACUAACGGAAAAAAUGGAAAAACCGGAGGGGGUGGCGACACAAAAAGGCUCUACCGAUGAACAGAGGGCGGCGACUGUUGCUGCGGCAACAACGCAUGUUGAAGGUGCAGGAAAGAGUAUGAUAAAUAGGCUUAAAGGUGUUGCUAGUUCAUGGCUUAACAAAGGACCAGCAACAGCAGCACCAUCACAACAGACUCCUACUAGUACUACACAUGGUACUUAA